AUGGAUAGCAAUCAAAAUACUAUUGCCGAUUUAAUUAAAAAGGGGCCUGAUUUUAUCUCUGAUGAACCAUUGGAUGUUUAUUUUCUCAAAUUACGUGAUUUUUUGGAAAAAUUGAAUAAACUUGAUUUAAGUUCUAAUGACAGCAAUGCUGAUGGCGACCUCUAUUUGAAGUGGGGGUUUCAAUCUAAUGAAGAAUUUGUAUCCAUAUUACUAGAAUAUUUUAAAGAAUUAUAUGAAUUAGUAUUAAUAAAACAGGAUGAGUUGUUGAAACAAGAGAAGAAUUUACUACCUCUUUCUCUUCAUGAUAUGAGAUACUUUGAUGAAUUAAUCAAUCUAUUAUUGAUUCACGGUAUCGAUGCAAAUAUACUACCAGAUUCAAGGAUCCCACUAGAUCAAAAAAGAUUGGAGAAUUUUAAAGAAUAUAAAUUGAUUUACGAUAUACCGCCUACACAUACUAUGAAUUUUGCUACUUUAAUUAAAGUAGUGAAUUACUUCUAUAAGAUUAUCAUUCAAAAGGGGAAUAAAACAGAUUAUGUACGUUCAAUUUUACUUAAAGGUCCUACUUUUACAAAUAUGUUUUUAGCAAUAUCGGUUUUACUCACUAACGACAUUACUUGUGCGCAUAUCUACUCAAAAAUGUUAGAUUCCCUAGAAGAUUGUCAAGAAACUUACCAAUUAUUCGUGGUUUACUCAUUUUUGGUACAAACUGUUUCGAACCCUUCAGUGAAACAAGUACCACUUUCAAAAUUAUCGACUUUGGCUCUGCGAAGAGAGAAUGGUGUCAUAAGUCUAUGUGAUUUUGUUUUAGGUGUUAGAGAAGAAGAACAAAUCAGUUUAGAGAAAUUUGAAAGAGUCAACCAGAUUCUAUUAGCUAAACCAAAGGAUAUGAACAAUAAAGAUUACUUAACAAAACUUUUCGAACAGAUAUACGAAGGUUUAACAUAUAUUAAUAGGCCAGUUUUAGUAAAUUGUUUAAAUGGCCUUGUAACGGAAUUUUAUUUCAGGAAUAAGCGUAUUAUCAAAGAUUUCUUGUUACAAAAGAUAAAUGACGUCUUGUUUAACGAACCAGCAAAAUCACAUUCAAUUAAAGAGCUAAAUGAUACUAUUAAUAUUCUAAUAUCAUUAUCUAAAAACUCAUCCACAGAGCUUGUCAAUUUUGUAGUUAACGCAUAUGACGGCAAGAAAUUUUAUCUAAACCUGUGGAUAUAUGCAUUAUUUUUAAAGAAAAAACAAAUUUUGAGCCCUAUGAAGGACGAAGCAGGAGGUGCCAGUACUUAUUAUGAAGUAAUACUAUCUCUAAUGAAAUCAUUUUUUACCAUAACUGAUAAUUUUGAUAGUCUAGAGACUAUUACUUUAAAUAUGGUAAAUUACCGCCAUGAAAAUUGGACAUAUUCUAUCGAUUUGGAAACACACUUAGCAUACAUAUCGCUGGAGACACCAGAAAAAUCUAUUUCUAGUCAGUUAAAAGUAAAGAAGGAAGACGAUGAUUCAAAACUGGAUGAAGCGACUAAAUUCUUUCAAGAUAUAGAUGACUCAAUUUCAAUAUUUAUAGAAUUAUUGAAACUAAUUGCAGAUGACAAUGUUAUCAGCAAAAUAUUCUUAAACACAUUAAGUAAAUGGGUUCAAACCUCUGAUACAUUGAAGGAAACAUUACCGCUUGACGUCACUGCAAAUGACAGUGCAUUGGUAUUAGUUGAUCUUAAAUUACUAGAAAAGAUGAACAAUGAAUUUAAGACCGAUCUAAUAAAAAAAUGGGAAGACUUGCUUUCCAUGGUUGAUGAAUUGCUGGAAGCAUCGAAAACAAAAGAGUUGAAAACAGAAGAUGACAAAGAAAUUGAUUCUGAUGACGAAGAUGAGGAUGAAGAAAUUGUAAAAGAUAAUACCCAUGCUUCUGGUACCUUUGAAACACUGUUGGAGUUAAUAUCAGCUGUUUUAAGCACCACAUCACCCCAAGAGCUAAUGAAAAAACAGGAAUUACUUGAGAGUAUAAGAGGCAAACUAGUUAAAUCAAUGGAUGGAAAUUCUGAUUGUGAAGCAUUAAUUGAGAAAUUAAACAAAAUACUAUCAGGAGAAAAGGUUGGUUUAGAAUCCGAGAUUCCUGAUAUCAAUGCUCAAGAACGAUUGGAUAAAGCGAUGCUGAAUUUAAGUGACCCAUUAUUACCUAUUAAAGUACAUGGCCUUCAAGAAUUGUUAGAACUAGUCGAAUCUAAGUCUAAUGUGAUAACGCUGGAUAAAGUUUUACAAUUGCAUAUGCAAUACUUGAGAAAUCCAGAUCCGUAUGUGUAUUUGAACAUAAUCAAGGGACUCAGUAAAUUACUUCAAUUGGACAGUGACAAGACCCUUCCAGAAUUGAUCGAGUUUUAUGACAAUAAGAAAGGAAGAAAUAAACUAGAUGAUAUAUUAAAAGUUGGUGAAGUGUUUAUAAAAUAUAUUGAGACUGAGAACGAGUUGUUUGCAGGUAAGAAAGCCGACAUGAUAAUUACAGCAUGUUUGAAUAAAAUUCGACAACAUAGCAAACUUGAUGACAGAAUAAGGAUGUCAGCGACAUCUAUUUUAGGUGUCUGUCUUCAAGUCAAUGCUCGAGGCAUAUCUGAUCGUAUAAGUGAUAUGCUUGAUUGUGCGUUUGGUAUUUUACAACUUGAAACCGACACAAAGAGUUCCAAUCUAAUGAGACGAGCUGCCAUUCAUAUGAUGCAUGAUCUGAUGUACAAUGCCGGAUUUGAAUUGUUUCCUAGAGAAUACAGUCCGGAACGUAUCAAAACGUUGCUGGAGUACACUGAAUUGAAUGAUGAUGAUUUUCUAGUAUGUGAGCAAGCCCACAUGUUACUGGAAGUAAUGGAGUAA